UUGAUCAACACUUUGCUCUUGUCUGCCAUGUGCUCAUGGAUUAGUCAAGAAAUUAGUGCUAAGUGUCAAUUUUGUUAUAACUAGUUUCUACAUUUAAGUUUAGUGUUUUGGUUUCCUUGAUGUGGUGUAAUGUUUUUAGCCAAAUAAAAGUGGAAUGUAAUGGUAUUAGUGAAGUGUGUUGAGGAAUAAAGAUGAGUACACCACCUCAGUGUCGGACUAUUCACUCGUUGGGGACCCCUCGAAGUCUACAACGAGCAGUGUUUGGUGCCGCCAGCAAUAGUUUAGUUAGCUUAGAGUCCCUUCCACUCACCGAGGGAGGGUUCCGGCCAAGACCCAGCUAUGGUAGUAUCUUUAGCUACUACCACAUGCUACGUCGCGGCUCUGUACUAAGUAAUAGCAAGACCCUGCACAAAAGUGACUCCAUGGUCUCUCUGUGCUACCGGACCUUGCUGCAGUACAUCACUGAUGACAAUCUACCGGGUCUGCAGAACUUCCUCGAGAACAAACGAGUCGUAGUCGAUGACAGAGAUGAGAAUGCAAGUACUGUACUACAUUAUGCAGCAUCCAGGGGAAAGUUAUCGUUUGUUCGAGAACUCAUCAACCAUGGAGCAGAUGUCAAUAUUGAAGACAAUGACAACUGGACCGCGUUGUUGUGUGCCGCCAAGGAGGGUCACACACAGGUCUGUGUGGAACUACUGGACCAUGGAGCCAACCUAGAGCAUAGAGACAUGGGAGGGUGGUCGGCCCUGAUGUGGGCGACAUACAAGGGUCACACAGACACUGUGCAGCUGCUACUGGAACGUAAUGCAGAUGUUAAUGCUCAUGGCAACUACCACAUCUCCUCCCUGCUGUGGGCGUCAGGCCGUGGCCAUGUAGACAUCGUGCGCAUGCUGGUGCGCCGUGGCGCCAAGGUGAAUGUUGGAGACAAGUACGGAACAUCUGCCUUGGUCUGGGCCUGCCGCAAGGGAAAUGCUGAUAUAGCAGAGUGUCUGUUGAGGGCUGGGGCUAAUGUGGACACAGCAGGAAUGUACUCCUGGACUCCCUUGCUGGUGGCCACGAUGGGUAACCAUGUAGAAGUGGUGAACCUUCUGUUGGAGUUCAAACCCAAUGUCAACGCGCUGGACAAAGAUGGAUGUACUGCGUUGACCAUUGCCUGCAAGGAGGGAUACCACGAGAUUGCUGUUGCUUUGCUUAACAGCGGAGCCUACAUUAACAUCCAGGAUCGUAGCGGUGACACAAACCUGAUCCAUGCUGUUAAGGGAGCACAUCGCAGUGUCGUGGAGGCUUUGCUCAAGAAAUAUGCUGACAUUGACAUUCCUGGAAAGGAGCGAAAAACUGCAAUGUAUACAGCAGUAGAAAAGGGCAAUUUAGCCAUCAUGAAAUUACUCUUGUCUGCCAACCCUGAUCUGGAGAUUGCAACUAAGGAUGGGGACACCUGUCUGUUGAGAGCUGUGAGGUCUCGCAAUGUAGAGGCCGUACAGUUGCUGCUAGAGAAGAAGGCCAAGGUGUCUGCUUGUGACAAGCGAGGCGACACUGCUCUCCACAUAGCCAUGCGAGCCAGGUCCAAAGCUAUAGUGGAAGUGUUGUUGAGGAAUCCCAAGAACAGCCAGUUGCUGUAUAGGCCUAACAGAGCUGGCGAGACACCCUACAACAUUGACAUGAGUCACCAGAAAACCAUCCUUGGCCAGAUAUUUGGAGCUAGAAGAUUAAACACCAAUGAAGACAAUGAGAAGCUGUUAGGUUAUGACUUGUACAGCAGUGCCUUGGCAGACAUGGUGUCAGAGCCUUCUUUGUCUAUGCCCAUUACAGUCGGGCUAUACGCCAAGUGGGGCAGCGGCAAGUCCUUCCUGCUCAACAAACUCAGAGAUGAGAUGAAGAGCUUUGCUCGUCAAUGGGUGGAUCCUACAUUCCAGUUUUCAUGGUUACUGCUGGUUCUGGUUUGUCACUUGGCUGUGUUGGUGGGGGUUGUUAUAGGACUGAUACUGUACCACUGGCUCCCUGCAGCCAUUGUUAUACUUACAAUCUUUAUUCUCACCUACGCAUUGCUGGCAGUCAUCUGGUAUGGAAGCAAUAGAUACACUUGGGACUGGCCAUACAACUUGAACCUUUUCUUAACUCGCAAGAUGAACGCCAUCAAAGUGGUGCUACACGUCAUGUUCUGCCACCCUCCAGGUGCACAGUGGAAUGACUCGUUCACAGCUCAGCCAAUCAGAUUUUAUUUCACGGACCAGACUAGAGUGAGCAGUUCAGCAGCUGGAGAAAACUCUGUUGUUCAGAUGAUCGGUUCUCUGUAUGACUCUAUUGAGAAUGACUACGGAGCUCUGUCUACACGGUUGUAUAGAGCACUCAGACCCAAGUGUUUGAAGUCAACAUCAUCAUGGAGGUGGCGAAAGCUCUGCUGCUUGCCUAAUAUAUUCUUUUUUGAGAUUUGCUAUGCUUCCAUUCUCAUUGGUGGAUGUGUUCUCACAAUUUACCUACUUGAAGCCAACACGCCAAGUGAGUUGAGAACUCUGGAGGAGGUGACAAGCCAGGUGAUGCUAGCAGUAUGUGGCCUGGUGGUGGCAUUGCUCGUGGUGGCAAACCUGUACACACUGGGUCGUGUAGCUCAGUCACUAGUGUUCAGUCAACGUAGACAGCUGCAACGUACCAUAGCUAGACUGGAAACACUCAAGAGUGAAGGCUUCCUACAGGCACUCAGGACUGAGGUUAACCUCAUGACGGAAAUGGUGAAGUGUUUGGAUGCAUUCACUCAACAACAGACCAGGUUGGUAAUCAUAGUGGAUGGGUUAGACAGUUGUGAGCAAGACAAAGUCCUGAUGGUGCUGGAUGCAGUCCAUGUUCUCUUUUCUGAUUCAAACACCCCGUUCAUCAUUGUUCUGGCCAUAGAUCCUCAUGUCAUAUCUAAGGCAGUGGAAGUAAACAGCAGAAGGCUACUGAGUGAGUCUAACAUCGGUGGGCAUGACUACCUGCGUAACAUGGUGCAUCUGCCAUUCUAUCUACAGAACUCUGGUCUGCGUAAGAUCAAAACAGCGCAGAAAUGUGCACAGAGUCAUCGUAAGAGCAUUGUACAAACAUACGAGCAGUCAGAGCAGAACCUUGUCACUUCGGCUUCAACUCGUCGACUGUCUACAGAAUCUGGGGGUCUCAGCUCUCAGGAGAAACUCAAGCUGCCUGGGAGCUCCUUAAACGUGCGCAAGGGGUCUAGAAAGCUGAAGCUGAGUGAGAGCAUAGCCAGCAGUCUGGGGUCCAAUCUAAACCGUGCUGGGGGAGCUCAGGACCUCACCAAGAUGCUGCUCACUGACGACUACUUCAGCGAUGUCAACCCUCGCAGCAUGCGCAGACUCAUGAAUGUUGUCUACAUCACAGGUAGACUGUUGAAGGCGUUCCAGAUAGACUUCAACUGGUACCACCUAGCCAGCUGGGUGAACAUCACUGAGCAGUGGCCGUUCCGCACUUCUUGGCUGAUACUGACUCAUGAUGCUGCUGAAGAUGCACUGGAUGAUAACACUUCACUCAAGACUCUAUAUGACAAAAUCCGGCCUCAGAUCCCAACAUCCAAGGAAGUUGAGCCUCUGCUGGAGUUGGACAGGGACGAGCGGAAAUUUGACAUCUUUCUUACAUUCCACCGGUCUAGUCUACUCAUCGCUGAUCUCCGCAUCUUCUUGCCAUUCACUAUAAACCUUGACCCAUACAUCAAGAAAGUUAUCAAAGAGGACAUGCAGAACCUAGAGGAGGCAGGGAUGUUGUCAGCUGGAGGGUGGUCAGAGACUGCUCCCACCACCACCACUACCACCAUGACAGGCCUCAAACAGAGGCAGGGCCUGCUGAGGAGACAGAAGUCCCUUCACAAAGCCCCUCCGUCAGCUCUGCCACCGGUCCCCACAGUCCCCUCUGCCUACCCUGGGAUGAAUGCCUGGCCUCCUACAGCAUCUCCAUGGACCACCCCAGCACCACCUGUCAGGACGGGGCUCUUCCACAUGCCUGUAGGAGUCUCCACUGCUCUCCCUGUGGAGUUGUUGGAAGUGAGGUUGUCAACAUUGUCUACUGAGGGAGUUUGUCAACUUCUCUCCAAGAUUGAUGAAUCUCAAGGUUCCCGCGUAGUGAAGCAUGCCAAAGUGUUUGAAUCCAACAAUAUCAACGGAAAAGUCCUUCUCCACUGUGAUCUUGAUGAACUCAAACCGGUGGUGCAAAUGGGAUUUGGAGACUGGGAGAUGUUUAGAAUUAUCAUAGUUUCUCUACGAGAACAUGAGCUUUCUAAUGUUAUGACAUUGGAGGAAACUUCAGCCAACAGGAAUGUACGAUUUGUUCAAAAUUCAUCCCAAUCUUCACAAGACCGGUCCAAAAAUUCUGGCCCCCCCUCCAGUAACCAGCAAAAUGAUAAAGAUCGAGUUGCAGCUAAGCAAACCGUGAUGGAAAAACAGGGUCUUUUUCUUGGAAGGAAACCAGCCGAGCCCACUCAAGAUCAUAGGCCCCUCCCGAUAUGUCAAGACCCACUCACCUGCAUGCCACAAUCAGUGACAAAAUUGUGUUACAAGAGUUUAGAUUAAAAAAUAAAUGUUUCU